AUGGCAACAAUUGGAAACAUGGGGAAACAGAAUCAUAUGGAGUCGCUGGAAAUCCCACAAUCCAUCAAAUAUCGAAUAACAUCUGCAACUUUAACUUGCUCAUCUCAUGGCAACCACAUAAAAUGCUGUGGCAUUCCCUCACAAAAUAGAAUUAGGUCCUUCCCGAGAUUAAUCAACAAUAUGGCUGGAUUCACCAACAUCUGGGAAACAGUCAACACAAAUCACCAGUCUGUCGCCUGUCACAAGCUAUCAAAUCAAAGGGUCAGCUUAACCUCGGAUCUGGCUGCAUCUCCAGCUUCUAAUAAGCAGUCAAGUAAAAGACUGUUCAAUGUAACAUUGUCACUGUCGCAUUCAUUUCAACUAGAACCAAAUCGCAAUUAUUCCACUUCAAUAAAAAUAUUCAAUUGUGCCGGAGCGAGUCAAUCAAUCGAUUCAAGUGGAUCUUGCACUGGAAGACCAGGAGUCGUCAAAUGUGUUGAUGGAUUUGAACUUCUGCUGUUUUCCAAUGAAAAUAAAAACUACACUGAAGCAAAAUCAUCUUGUGAAUCUCAGGAAAGUUAUCUCGUCAAAGUUGAUAAUCAAAAUAUAACCGACGCGAUAAAGCCUGUACUUGAUCAAAUCAGAAAGCCUUUUUUCAUUGGAGGGAACGACAUAGCUAAAGAAGGGGACUGGAAAUGGCAGGACGAAACUGACGUAAUAAUGAGAGGAGAAGAAGGAUAUCAAAACUGGGGCUCUGUAGAACCAAACAGUGGUGGAGAGGGAAAUGAGGAUUGUUUGAUUGUUGGUUUCUAUGGAAACUCUUGGGUAGACUAUACGUGCAAGGAAAAAAUCAAUUAUAUUUGCCAAAAAAAGUUUCAAGGUCCUUUCCUGACAGUAGAAAAAACAAGUAAAGCGCAGAGAACUUGUGCUAAGACCAAGUGUAACCCGGGUAAUAAUGUUGAAUGGUAUGCAAAAUCCUUGAUACCAACAGAUCCUAACAAGAGUGUUUAUCAAACAAAGAAAUCUGGAUCAGCAAUAUUACAUUUACAAAACGCAGAUAUAUCAGAUGCAGUAGACUAUUACUGUUCGUCGUGGUUAAACGGUGUUAAAAAAGGAGAAUAUACAUUUAAACAUGAAGUUGAGGGGACUCCAACAAUUACCCAUAUUCAGAAAUACACUUGCAACUCCAGUUUGUUAAUCUCGUGGGAACCUCACAAAAAUGCAGUUGGAUUUCCUCACAAAAUUUUAGUAGGAGAACGAUGGCACGAAGUAAAAUGGGUUACACCACAGAAACUGCAGACACAGUCGACAUUAAUAAACAAUUUAGAUUCGGAUACAACUUAUGAAAUAAGGAUUAGAGCAUGCUUAUCAAGCGAUGUUUGUACACAAAUGGUGAACAUAUGGCGUGAAGUAAAAACAGGUGGAAAAACUCUGAGCGCAAAAUAUGUUUCCUUUAAACAAAUUGAGGAAAAUGAAACCUGCGUUAUAUCCUGGGAUCUGAUUAAUGAAGAAAGCAUAAAAUUGUAUACAGUGGAAUUGGUUUUGAAUUCCAUUCUGGUCACAACGCGGUCUUCUGAAAUACAAAAUGUAGACUCAAACAUAUUAAAUAUGACAUCAGCAACAGAGUAUCAGUUUCAACCAAAGCCAAAUCGGGAAUACUUUGCGUCCGUGGCAAUCUUCAGUUGCGCCGGAUCCAGUAAAUCUUUGCGAGUGCAUGGUGCAUGUAGAGGAAGUUCGAAAGCUCCAACAAUGGUUCAUCCUCCUAAAAUUGUUGGAGAUUCAGGGAUCAGCAAGAGUGGCGAAAUAAAUAUUACGAUACAAAUGCCUUAUGAAAGUAAUGGUCUUAUUAGUUGCAUAUUCGUAAAUGUUGACAUGGACGUCUCUGAAACAAGCACUGAAUUUACAAUGGAUGAUUUGAUUACCUUCAACAGCACAGCGGAUGGGGAAAAAUACAUCGCACUGGCAAUUGAGGUUGCGAGUAUGAAAGAAAAGACUCUUAAUGUUACACUCGGAGACGAGUCAGUAACUCAAUGUGAUAUCGCAGGAUUUGAAACGACACAUGACGUGCCGAUGGAAACCGAUUUCUUAUUCAUCGGGACAAAUAGGAAAUUGAAGAAAGAAAAUUCCCCAAGGUUCCUGGUGUAA